ACGCCCGCCUUUGUGCUAGCAUGUUCACUCUUGCCUUUUCACUUGGCUGUCGGGAAGAUUUGAAACAUCAAUCCCUGGGCCCCCCUUCCUCCCCCUCCUCAUCAUGGCUUCUGCUUCUGUUGGGGAGAGUCAACUCAAAAGGAUCAUCAGAGAUCUGCAUGAUGUUGUAGCAGAGCUAUGCAAAGAACACAAGGAGUGUGGUGAGCCAAUCACGGAUGACAGCCCCAACCUGCAGAAGUUUUCAUACAAAUUAGAGUACCUACUACAGUUUGACCAGAAAGAAAAGACAACUUUUCUGGGCAACAGAAAGGACUACUGGGAUUACUUCUGUGACUGCCUGGCCAAGAUCAAAGGAGCUAACGACGGGAUCCGCUUUGUUAAGUCCACCCCAGAGCUUAAGACAUCCCUGGGGAAAGGCAGGGCCUUCAUCCGAUAUUCUCUGGUUCACAAGCGGCUUGCCGACACCCUGCAACAAUGUCUCAUCAACCAGAGAGUAACCUGUGACUGGUACUAUGCUCGCAGUCCCUUCCUGAAGUCUCACCUCACAGCUGACAUCAUCAACCAUCUGUAUGAGCUCAACGAGAUCCACUUUGAUGUAGCAGCCAGAGGUCAUGAUCUAGAUUCUGAUUGGCCAACCUUUGCCAGGAGGACUUUGGGAGUUAACUCUCCUGCUUACCCGUGGAAAGCUCCCAGUCGCUGCUCCAGUGUCAACAGCCUGGUUAGCGGCUACUCACAGGCUCAGUUCCUCCCCAUCCCAGACUUUGGACAGAGCCUACUGGGGGACUUGGGAGAACUGGGAGAGCCCUCCCCUUGCAGUGUAGCCGAUGACCUCCGCAUUGAGCUUGACCAAUCAGAACUGAGGCAACAGGAGCUGCUGGAGCGUGUGCGCGAGUUGGGGGAUGAAACGACAGAGCUGAGGGGUGUGGUCAAAGACCUCGAAGGGCAGCUUCUGGCCUCUCAGACCACGCCCCCAAGGCGGGAGCCAAUCACAGACCCCUCUCUACCUUCAGUGGUCAAGGCGAACCCAGAAACAGCCAAAGGGGAGUGGGUCGAAGAUCUCGGGGACAGCGGAGGAGCACUCCAAAGAGAACUGCAGGCCAGAUUGACUGCGGCUGAGAACAAGAACAUGGAGCUUCUCUCCAAGCUGGAUGACACCCUGAACGAGAAGGGCAACCAGACGGCCAGCUACUGCGACUCAGCCUGGAAGAUCCAGGAGCUCCUGGACAAGCUGAAAGCUGCUGAGGAAGAAAGGCUGGAGGCCAGGAGGGAGGCCGAGGAAAGGUCGAGCCACGCCACCAAGCUAGCUCAGGAAUUGAGCGUCCGGGAGGAGGUGUUGGAGAAGAAACUGGCAGAGUUAAAGGCGGCAAACCAGCAAGAGCAGGACGCCAUGUUGAGACGAGCCGAGGACCUCCAGGGAGCCAUCGGCCGUAUCCAGGGAGGGCUCUCCUUGAAAGAGAAGGAGUCUGGGAACCUGAGAGCCCAGCUGCAGGAUCUGCAAGCCUCGCUGGAGGCCCGGGAGAGGCAAGCGGAGGAGCUGAAGAGGAGGCUGCAGGAGGAGAGGGAGGACAUGCUGCUGCCGAGGGGCUCUGAGGGCAGCGCCGGCCAGAGGGAAGCGUUAGAGGAUCAGCUUCAGGUUCUGAGAGAGCAGUUCAAAGCCAGGGAGACAGAGCUGGCGGAAAGCUCAGCGAGAAUCCGACAACUGGAAGAGCACGCUGAGAAGCUAACUCAAGAGAAUCAGAGCUAUUGUCGUUCCGGGGCUGGGACUGAGGCCAUGGACCAGGACACUAAGCAAACCCUGCAUGACCAGCUAGCUACCCUGAGGGCCUCAGAGAAACAUCUCAAGUUCCGGCUGGAUGCAGCUCAGUUGACUGUGGAGGAAAGGGAGAGGAGGUUACUGGAUGAGAACCUGUCUUUGGAGGAGAGCGUACAUAGAGCCCUUAUACAGAGAGAGGCCUCAGAGACUAAGCUCAAGAAGCUCGAGCAGGAGAACAAGAACCUGACGGAGGUCGAGGCGGCGGUGAAAAAGGAGUCGGCCUUAGCCCACGUAGAACUGGCCUCGGUCACAACCAAGGCCUCGGAGAUGGAGAAGAACCUCAAGGUGUGUGAGAGGCAUCAGACGGACCUCCAGGAGAAGCUGGGUGAAGCGGAGGCUCGGCUCCACGAAAGAACCCAAAAAUGUGAACUUCUUCAAGCCAGGGCAGAAGAGCUGGAACGCAGGAGCGGGGAUCUGGAGAGGGAGAAGGGAUCGGCGGAGAGCUCCCACUCUGAGAAGCUGUCCAGGGACAAGAACCAAGAUCCAACUGCCUUGUCCCUGGAGGUUCAGGAGGCUUCUUCCAGGCUAGUGCUCUCUGAAGCUCACCUGGAUCUCACCCAGCGGGAAGUGGCCAGACUCCAGGCAGAGGUGGUGGGGCUUCGCACGGCGCUUCAGGCCGGGUCUGAUGAGCACAUGAAGACCCAGGCCCUCCAGGAGGUGACGGAGGCCUCUCGAGAAGACCUCCGCGCCCUGACCGAGCAGCUCAAGGCCCAGGUGGAGGAGCUGAACCGGCGCCACGUGAACGAGCUGCUCCGGUCCAGGGAGCGAGAGGAGGCACUGGGGCGCGAGCGCGACGGCGAGGCCCAGGCUCGGGCCGGCCUCGCUGCGGAGGUCACCUUGACCCGGGAGGAGCUGGACGCCCUGAAGAGACGCUACGAGGCCCUGGCGCUGGAGAACAGCGAGGCCAGGGAGGCGCUGCACUUCGCCAACCAGGAGACGGCCGAGCUGGGCGUUCACGUGUGUCAGCUGACGGCGGAGAACGAGGAGGCACGCCUGCGCUGGGAGGGCGUGUCCACCCGGCUGGAGGAGCUGGAGGAGGCAGAGGCUGAGAAGGAUGCCGACGGGCUCAACGCCACCAUAGCGGGGCUCCGUCAGGAGAACCAGUCCCUCCUGGCCCAGCUCCACCGGGAGGACGGCUUGCCGUCGGCCACGGAGCAGGUCCAGGAGAGGCUGGCUGAGGGGGAGGCCAGGGGCCUGCAGGAGACCGGGGCAGAGGAGAUCCAGGCCCUCCGGGUCCAGCCCAGCACCCAAGCCCUAGACCACCAAAAGCAGCUCCUGGUUAUGAAGGAGGAGUUUCAGGAAGUCAGAUCACAGCUGGAAGCAGAGCAAGACAUGGUGUUAAAAAUGGAGACCAAAGUAAAACAUCUGGAGAGCGAGACCCAGAGCUAUACUCAGGCGAUAGAAGAGAAGAAUGCUGAACUAGCCAAGUCUCUGAAUGACGUCUCUCAGAAGGAAGAGGAACUAAACCAGCUGAAAGGGAACUUGACUAGGUGUGAAGAGAGCUUGGCUAGGUCAGAGAGGGCCUGUCAGGACCUGAGCGAGCGUCUUCAUCGAGCCACCACGGAGAAACAGAACGUGGACCUGCGCACCUCAGCUGAACUGGAUGACCUCUACCGCACCAAGAUCAACCUGGAGGAGAGACUCAUCCAACUCAUCAGGGAGAAGGAUGCUCUGUGGCAGAAGUCGGACGCCCUGGAGUUUGAGCAGAAGCUACGUGACGAGGAGACAGAGAGGGACGUCAACUACUGCCUGGGCUGCCACAGUCAGUUCAGCUGGUGGCUUCACAAACACAACUGCAGGUUGUGCGGCCGUCCGUUCUGCUACUACUGCUGCAGCAACACAGUGAGCACCCAGCAGGGCGGCGCCAGAGAGCGGUGCUGCCGUGACUGCUACAGCCAGCACAGCGCUGUGGUGGAGCGCCACCCGCAGCAGGACGUGGGAAGCGCUCCAGACCCUCCGUUUGGCCCCCUGCCUGGAAGAACCACCUCCAGCACAGCAGAGCAGGGUUUAGCGCCAGACGACGGGGUGUUUGACAUCAUCUCCGAGGAGGAGGUGAACGGGGUGUACGACAGCGACCUCUCCUUCUCCACUGCCUGCUCUCCCGGACACAGACAACAGGGGGCAGCAGAGCUGAACAGCAGCACCAGUGUGGGCGACACCACUUCUGAAGAUGCCGAGGACCUCAGUGCUUCUGUGCAGGACGCUGAGAUCUGUCUGCUCAGGGCUGGCGAGCUCACGCUCUGCGUCCCCUUCUCUGUGGAUGACAUCACAGGAUUCGGGGACUCGUCCCGAGAGCUAUUCGUCAAGUCAAGUUGCUACAGCCUCAUCCCCAUCGCCGUGGGCAACGCCGGGCCGACGAUCAGCUGGGUUUUUACGUCUGAGCCCAAGAGCAUAUCCUUCAGCGUGGUCUACCGGGAGGAUACCGAGAUUCCGCUGGACCAGGCUAAGGUUCUGAUCCCUCUGACUCGCUGCAGCUCCCACAAGGAGACCAUCCAGGGAGAGCUGAAGGUGAGGAACCCAGGGGAAUACACGCUCAUCUUCGACAACUCCUUCUCCAGGUUCAUCUCCAAGAAGGUGUUGUACCGUCUGAGUGUAGAGAAGCCUGUGGUCUACGACGGCAGUGACGGUGUGUAGCUGCAGGGAGAGGGUGAGCUCUGUGAGGCUCAGGCCCAGCCCGAGGCUCAGGCCUGCCUGUCUGCCCGUGUUGGCUGGGCGGGGUGGGGGAGUGUUAACUGAGACGGGUCGAGGCUGCGGCCUCCUCUAGCAGAGGGGGAAAAGUCUAGAGGUCAGUUUGGGACUAAGCAUCUUUUACACCCCUCGAGGUCCCUGUUUGAAACGUGUGCUGCUGUUAGAGUCUAGUUUUACAUACCAUACUUGAUUGACAUUUUUUUUCUUUCUUCUUGUUUACAAAUGUUAAUGUCAGAUAUGUGACGGCGACAGAGUUGUAAGAAAGAUUUGGUGAAGAUUAGGAACGGCCGUUCACACUUUUGAAGUUCAUCCAUAUGCCUUAGGCCUCUGCCAAGAGACUGUUGGCUUCUGCUCACAAGAGUCUGGGAAGACCUCAUUAAGCUGGAUCUGACAUUUUCAAAUGCCUCCCAUUAGCUGCUCUCCUCUGAGGUGGGUGAGCUACUAUUUGGCUCAAGAGGAGGAAGAGAACAUGAAGUAAAACUCUCGUGUAGAUUAAAUACACUCCUCCAGACAAUGCUUUACUGUAGACGUUUGAUUGUUUCAUUGUGAGGAUUGACUGUGUAUGUGACCACUACAUAUCGUGUGCUGAGAUGUCUGUUACUGGGACUGAGUCUGUACAGGGCUGUGAACCAGGCCCAUGUUGUUGUGUGUUAAUGACUUUAAUUCAAUGCAGGGUGUCAGAAUAUUCAGUAUCUGUGAGUGGGUUCCUCUGGAGCAAAUGUGUUUUGCACUUUGACCUCUACUAUGCAUGUGAACAAUAGGGAUCGUACACAUGUUUCCUUUUUGACUUCAUUCUAAACGUUCAAUAUGGGACAUGCACCUAGCAGCUGCACUACAGAUACAACAAAUCCAUAUCUUUCUGAUUUGUACUUGCGUUUCGAUGCUCACUCAUUGAGGAUGUUAUACUGCGUGGGUGAGAUAAUGAAAUGGCAAACCACAGUAUAAGCUAGUUCAUUUGUAGAUGACAUUUAAAAGAGACAGUGUUUUUUGUCUGGGGGGGGGGGGACAAAACACAUAUUGCCAAAAAACGGAUUGUGAAUGCUGUUUCAUAUGUCGUAUUUUUGCUGUUUGUUGCAAUAUUCUAUUUUAAGAAGCUGAGGUGACAUCAUUGUAAAAGAUGCACUUUUUAAGAGCUAUUUUUAAUCUGUCUCCCCUGGGUCUUUGUGCCAGUUUUUGAGUGUGAUUGUGCAGAGGACUAUUUUAUCACUGGGUUUGGCACAGGACACUGCAGACUUUCUGGCAUCUUUGUAAAAUAACUGUCUACUGGUGUUACAUAGUAAAGGAGAUCUGUUUCCAGAGGUCUGUGACAUGCUGGGUAUUGUGAGUAAAUAAAUAUGACUGCUGUGAUUAAUA